CCCUCCACGUUUCAUCCGACCAGGAAGCCGGGGAGUCCUGCUGAAGGGACGGUAGUCGAAGCCGACAGUCUUGUAAGAAUUUAUUUCUCCUUACGCGAAGCACACGACACAGACCUUUCCACUGAGGAGAGACGACGACAAUCUUCCUGCACGGGAAAUAAAGUGUGUGGAAUGGCGCAGAAGGUUCUGGUAACGGGCGGGGCGGGGUACAUUGGCAGUCACUGUGUGGUGGAGCUGAUUGAGGCGGGGUACUACCCCGUCGUCGUGGACAACUUCAGCAACGCAGUCCGAGGAGAAGGGAAUUUUCCGGAGAGUCUGAGGAGGAUAGAGAAGUUUCUGGGCACCAGCAUCGAAUUCCAAGAGCUGGACCUGCUGGACAAACCCGGCCUGGAGAAGCUCUUCCAGAAGCACAAGUUCUCUGCAGUGAUGCACUUUGCGGGUCUGAAGGCAGUCGGGGAGUCUGUGGAACACCCCCUGCGGUACUACCGGGUCAACCUGACCGCGACCUUGAACCUGCUGGAGGUGAUGCAGGGUCACGGGGUUCACAGUAUCGUGUUCAGCAGCUCCGCCACGGUUUACGGGGACCCCCAGCGGCUGCCCAUCGAUGAGGAGCACCCGGCCGGGGGGUGCACCAACCCGUACGGCAAAACCAAGUUCUUCAUCGAGGAGAUAAUCCAGGACCAGUGUCACGCAGAGAAGGACUGGAGCGCUGUGCUUCUGCGAUACUUUAAUCCCAUUGGUGCUCACGCUUCAGGAGAAAUCGGGGAAGACCCCCAGGGGAUCCCCAACAAUCUGAUGCCUUAUGUUGCCCAGGUGGCUGUUGGGAGGAGAGACCAGCUCAACGUGUUCGGGAACGAUUACAACACUCCUGAUGGAACAGGAGUGAGGGAUUAUAUCCAUGUGGUGGACUUGGCUAAGGGACACAUCGCCGCUCUCAGGAAGCUGAAGGACUGCUGUGGUUGUAAGGUGUAUAACCUGGGCACAGGUACCGGUUACUCAGUGCUGCAGAUGGUGAAGGCCAUGGAGAAAGCCUCAGGGAGGGAGAUCCGGUACAGGAUCGCCCCGAGGAGAGGGGGGGACAUCGCCUCCUGCUACGCUGACCCCCGCCUGGCUGAGAAGGAGCUGGGGUGGAAGGCCAACUUCGGACUGGAGAGGAUGUGUGAGGACCUGUGGCGUUGGCAAUCCCAGAAUCCCACAGGGUUCAGCAAUGGCCCGGCGUCCUGAAGAUGCAGCCGCCUACCUCGCUGGUCACUGAUCACAUGACCAGCCAGGCGAACACGAAGUCGGGCCAAAACCAAUCCUGAAAAAAUUCUUAUUCUUUUAAUAGAAAAUAUGGGUUCAUUCCAGGGGGGAAGGGCGUGUGUGUGUGCAUCUGUGUGUGUGAGUGUGUGAGUGUGUGCCUGAGCGUGUGCAUGUGCACAUGUGUGUAUGUGUGUGUAUGUGUGUUUACAUCCACACACACAUCUGCAUAUUUAAGUAGGAAGGAAAUUUGAAGAUAAAAAUGAUUUAUCUUGGGUCUUGUUUUUAAUUUUCUUUCCUUCUAGCUAAAUUUGAAAAUCAAUUGUUUUCCAUCUCUCUCUCUCCCUAUUUUUCUUUGUGCCCUUCAUUACCUUCCUAUCGUACACUGAUGACACUUUUGUUUUUUAUACCGUGGCUUGAAUUAAAUAUUCAGUUCUGAUCCUUUUUUUAAAUUUUAUUUCUGAUCUUUUUAUUUUCUCCAUUUGCACCACCAAGUGCCUAAUGUAAAUCAUUCUGCCUAAAGUUUAGAGUUCUGUUUUUCCAUAAACAAGGCAACAUUAACACAGGAACAGAAGAUGACUCAACGCGCGCUGCCUGACUCUACCUCUCAGGUGUUCAGGUGGUCUGGCAGCGGGCUUUUGGCUCGGCAGCCUGUGAAUUGUGUGAGGAAUCCUUGCGGACUGAACUCAUAGGAUAAUACCAAACUAAAAUAGACACCCUCUCAUUUCAUCACCACCUGCCAUCGCUCAAGAUCCAAAAGAUAAAAACCUGUGCCCGGUGAAAUGAAGUCUGCAGCCAGCUGCUCGCUAGUUACCAACACUCUACUCACGAAGCAGAUAUGUACAUUGUUUUAGUUUUGUACUUGAUUAAAAGUUUAACGUAUACUUUUAUUUUAAAUGUUGUGCGUGUAUGUGAUCGUAGUCGUGGUUUGAGAGAUAUAAAACGCAUUUCUGAGGAUGUGUGGCACUUCAGGCCAGGCAGCCGUUGGCUGUUUCGCCACCCUUACAGUGCCGUGUGAAUGUGCUGCAGAUCUGGUUCCUAUCUCGCCUCUAGGCUCAAAUCCCUUGUAAAGAAUCUGAGGACCUUUGAUUAAAGUCUGUUUACUAAGA